AUGGGGCUGAACUUCAUCAACUGGCUGUGGGUUUAUCUCCCACCCUGGUUUCCUCCCCCCUCCAAUCAAACCCUUCCCGCUCCCUUCUCCACUCCAACUUCGCCCUUAUUCCUCAGCACCCGCUUCCCCUCCCUCACCCUCCUGCUCGAGGAACGUCGUCGAGUUGGCGACGUCAAAGCUUUGCUGGAUAGCUGCAUGAAGAACGCGGAGCUGACGGCGAGGGUGGCAGGGCGCAACGAGCAUGGCCUCGCCGGCGAGCUGGGCGGCGGCUUCUUCGGAUCGCAGCGAGCAUCCGCGUUGUGA